AUGUCGGACAACGAGCAGACCCGCCAGGGUAUCGCCAUUGAUCCAGAGGCUACGGGCGUAGAUGGUGGUUCCAUAGCUGAUGCAGAGAGGGCUCCAAAUGACGACCAGCAUGUUGAGGCUUUUGACGUGGCUGACAUGGCAGAUAAAUUCCCCUCUGCUGAAGUCAUCGGCGUUGACAUCUCACCUACCCAACCAUCCUGGAUCCCACCGAAUCUCAAGUUCCAGAUCGACGAUGCGCAGCUUGAUUGGACUUUUGAGCCCGACUCUUUCGACUUCAUUCAUAUACGCUACAUGCAUGGUGCUUUUGACGAUUGGCAUAGAUUGUAUCGUCAAAUGUUCAAGGCUUUGAAGCCUGGUGGCUGGUUUCAGCAUAUCGAGCCUGACAUCCAUCUCAAAUGCGACAAUGCAGCUUCGGUAGCCGAGAACGAGACCUUCAGGCAAUGGGCUCAGCUAUUCUACGAUGCUGGCGACAAGAUUGGACGUACUUUCAACAUCACCAAUGGACUCAUGCAGGACUCUGCUCGAGAUGCAGGAUUCGAAGACAUUGUCCACAAAGUGCAUACUAUCCCGCUAGGCGAAUGGCCAAAGGAAGCUAAACGCAAGAAGCAAGGGCAGUUUGUUGGGCUGUACAUGGAUCUCAGUCUGGAUGGCUUUGCGCUGUAUCCCAUAGGUCAGAUCCUCGGCUGGAGCCGUGAAGAGGUCGAGGUUCUCGUGGCAAAGAUGCGAGCUAUCAUUCGAAAUCCGAAACAUCUUGCUAGUGGCGACAUGCACCUAGUCUACGGUCGAAAGCCCAUCCAGACCUAG